GGGCUGUGCGUACCCGGCUCCGGCUCUGGCUCCGGCUCCACCUCCAUCCCGCUCCCUCUCCGCAUUCCCAAUGGUGUGACGCGCUCACUGGCAAUCCUAUUGGCUGAAGCGCCAAGCCGCAUUUCUCCAUUUAUGGACUGAUUGGCACUCACUCAGACAACCAUUCAAAACCAUUCUGUGGCCGCGAAGCCCUCGGAGUUACCCGGAGCUGUAGCACUGAUUCAGCAGAGACCUUGACAUCAAACAUACUGUUCCCGCUCCCUUCUCCCUAUCGGAACCAUGGACCCAUCCCCUGCCUACAGAUGCUUUCGGCGCAGGUUUCAGCUGUAGAUGGGGUUCCGCACUCUCUCCCAGACGCGGGAUCGCCGGUAAAGAAGCGCACAGUAUCUGGUACCGCCCCGAACAGGAUAAAUUCUCCCUGGAUAUAAAUACAAGAAAACAACAUGUGUGUGCUUGAGGAUGGUUGAAUAGGCUGGAUUCAACACCUUAUGCUAUCUGUGAGGAUGGUGGAUCCUUAUAUCCCGAGGGAAUCAAUGAAUAUAUGGUUAGUGCAGGGGAGCAAAGGCCACUACAGGUAUCACUGGCAGAGCCACAAUGUCAAGCAGAGCGGAGUGGAUGACAUGGUGCUUCUCUCGAAAAUCACCGAAGAUGGCAUUGUCGAUAAUCUCAAGAAGCGAUACAUGGAUGAUUAUAUUUUUACAUACAUUGGGCCUGUGCUUAUCUCUGUAAACCCAUUCAAACAAAUGCCGUACUUCGGAGAAAAAGAAGUUGAAAUGUACCAAGGAGCAGCUCCGUAUGAAAAUCCGCCCCAUAUCUAUGCCCUUGCUGAUACUAUGUUUCGGAACAUGAUUAUUGAUGGGGAAAAUCAAUGUGUCAUUAUCAGUGGUGAAAGUGGGGCUGGAAAGACGGUCGCUGCAAAAUACAUCAUGGGUUACAUUUCCAGGGUUUCUGGUGGUGGUCCCAAAGUGCAGCAUAUAAAAGAUAUAAUUCUUCAAUCAAAUCCUCUCCUAGAAGCAUUUGGAAAUGCCAAGACAGUGAGAAACAAUAACUCCAGUAGAUUUGGGAAAUACUUUGAGAUCCAGUUUAGUCCAGGUGGGGAGCCAGAUGGUGGAAAAAUCUCCAAUUUCCUUCUGGAAAAAUCCAGGGUUGUUGCACGAAAUCUCGGAGAACGCAGCUUCCACAUCUUCUACCAGCUUAUUGAGGGUGCAUCUGCUGACCAGAAGUCCAACUUGGGAAUCACUGAUCUUGAAUACUAUUUUUACCUCAACCAAUCCGAUUCCUACAAAGUGGAAGACAUUAACGAUCGGAAGGAUUUUCAAGAAACUCUGCAUGCUAUGAAUGUGAUUGGAAUCUUUGCUGAAGAACAGGCUAUGGUUCUACAGAUAGUGGCUGGCGUGCUUCAUAUGGGAAAUAUCACUUUUAAAGAAGUUGGCAAUUAUGCGGCUGUGGAAAGCGAAGAAUUCCUGGCUUUCCCAGCAUUCCUACUUGGUAUUAACCAGGAGCGACUGAAAGAAAAACUGACCAGCAGGAAAAUGGACAGCAAAUGGGGAGGAAAGUCCGAAACCAUUAAUGUGACGUUAAACGUGGAGCAAGCCUGCUAUACCAGGGACGCACUUUCCAAAGCUCUUCAUGCACGUCUCUUUGACUAUUUGGUCGAUUCCAUUAACAAGGCCAUGGAGAAGGACCACGACGAGUACAACAUCGGUGUCCUCGACAUCUAUGGCUUUGAGAUUUUCCAGAAAAACGGCUUUGAGCAGUUUUGUAUCAACUUUGUGAAUGAAAAGCUCCAGCAGAUAUUUAUUGAGCUCACACUGAAAGCUGAGCAGUGGUGCGCAGGGAACACAAACGUGCAAUAUACAAAUAAAUUCCGAUGCAGGAGUGUCAUGCGUUUAUGUAAAGGCACGUCUGCUCGUGAGGCUCGCUUGAAGGAAGAAUAUGUUCAGGAGGGAAUUAAAUGGACAGCAAUCGACUAUUUCAAUAACAAAAUAGUCUGUGAUCUUAUAGAGAACAAAGUUAACCCACCGGGCAUUCUGAGUAUCCUGGAUGAUGUCUGUGCGACAAUGCACGCCACGGGGGAAGGAGCAGAUCAGACAUUGCUGCAGAAAUUACAGAUGCAAAUUGGAACCCAUGAGCAUUUCAACAGCUGGAACCAGGGCUUCAUCAUUCAUCACUACGCAGGCAAGGUGUCCUAUAACGUGGAAGGAUUCUGUGAGCGGAAUCGAGACGUUCUUUUCACCGACCUCAUCGAACUGAUGCAGAGCAGUGAGCUCCCUUUCAUACGCGCACUUUUCCCUGAAAGUCUGCAAGCCGAAAAGAAAGGUCGCCCCACAACAGCCGGCAGCAAAAUUAAGAAACAAGCCAACGACCUGGUGGGCACUCUGAUGAAGUGUACCCCGCACUACAUCCGCUGCAUCAAACCAAACGAGACCAAGAAGCCCAGAGACUGGGAGGAGAGCAGAGUUAAACACCAAGUGGAGUACCUGGGUUUGAAAGAAAACAUCCGAGUGCGACGAGCGGGCUAUGCCUACAGACGGGUUUUUAAGAAGUUCUUACAAAGGUAUGCUAUCCUGACUAAAGAGACGUGGCCUUCCUGGAGAGGAGAUGAGAAGCAAGGAGUGAUCUUUCUCCUCCGAUCUGUCAACAUGGAUCCAGAUCAGUACCAGAUGGGGAAAAGCAAAGUCUUCAUUAAAGCUCCUGAGUCUCUGUUUCUACUUGAGGAGAUGCGGGAAAGGAAAUAUGAUGCAUACGCCCGGGCGAUUCAGAAGGCAUGGAGGAAGUAUGCUGCAAGAAAGAAAUAUGUGCAAAUGAGAGAGGAAGCGUCUGAUUUGCUGCUCAAUAAGAAGGAAAGACGGCGAAACAGCAUCAACAGGAACUUUGUUGGCGAUUACAUCGGAAUGGAAGAUCACCCAGAGCUGCGGCAGUUUAUAGGAAAAAGGGAGAAGGUUGAGUUUGCAGAUACUGUUACCAAAUACGACCGAAGGUUUAAGAGCAUAAAGCGUGACCUUGUCCUCACACCCAAGUUCGUGUACCUCAUUGGACGAGAGAAAGUGAAGGAAGGUCCUGCCAAGGGCCAGGUGAAGGAGGUGCUGAAGCGGAAGAUGGAGUUGGAACGGAUCCUUACUGUUUCUCUCAGCACCAUGCAAGACGACUUCUUCAUCCUCCACGAGCAGGAGUACGACAGUCUGCUGGAGUCUGUCUUCAAGACUGAAUUCAUCAGCCUCUUAUCGAAGCGCUAUGAAGAACGGAUGCGGAAGAAGCUGCCUCUGCGGUUCAGUAACACGCUUGAAAUGAAGGUGAGGAAGGAUAACUGGGGUCCCUGGAGCGCCGGAAGUUCUCGACAAGUUCAGUUUAUCCAAGGCAAUGGACAGGUGGCUGUGCUGAAGCCUAGCAGUAAAACCCUGCAGGUCAGCAUCGGGCCAGGACUGCCGAAGAACUCGAGGCCCACAAAGAGGAACCUGAUGCAGGUGAAACAGACUACAAGGCCACAGAUGACAGCCUAUCCUAUGAGAGCUGCUCCCCCUCCUCCAGGUUUCCACCAGAAUGGAGUCCUCAAGGGUCCACAGAACAAUUCCCAACGGCCAUCCGUAAACAACCGGACCAACCAGCGAGUCCCGCACCAGAGCGCAGCUGCUGGUCGACCAGCUUUGCCGAGACCGGGCACCCAGCUCAGAGACAGGAAUGCCCGGGUCCAAAACAAUCUGGAUUUCUUGAAAGUGCCUGAGCAGGGAGCUGCAGGCAACCGUACUGGAAUGACACGACCAAGUGAAGGAAAGGCGCACAGGCAGAUGUCAAGUCGGCCACCCCCUGCAGGAGGUCGACCAAAGCCCCAACCCAAGCCCAAGCCUCAGGUACCACAGUGCAAGGCACUGUAUGCGUAUGAUGCUCAGGACACAGAUGAACUUAGCUUUAAUGCUGAUGACGUUAUAGAAAUUGUAAAAGAAGAUCCCUCAGGAUGGUGGAUCGGUCGUCUGCGAGGGAAACAAGGAUUGUUCCCCAACAAUUAUGUUGCCAAGAUAUAAAACUGCUAUUAUUAGAAUAUAUGGACAAACCAAAAGGAAGUACGGCACAGACAGCAAUACUACAGUGAUAAGGACAUACUGUAUAUGUUUGUAAAUGUAUGAAUCUGCACAAACCUGUAGUCUGGAGCUACAUCCGUGAUAGAACCGAAGGAGCUGUAAUUUAUUGUAUUUAUACGUUUCCCUCUACAAGAUGUAUAGCUGGUAGUUUAGAAGAAUGUUGCACAACAUACCUGUGUAAAGGAUUCUUAUUUUUGCUUUGUUUUUCAUCAAAUAUAGCUUUACUCUUUAUAAUUUUAGUAAUCUGCUAUUUCUUCAGAAAUACUAGUGAUGAAAUCUAAAACUUCCCUUUUCAAGUAAGUUCUGAGUUGGGACAGACACUGAACUUUGCUGCUGACUCAUGUUCGAGGAAUGUUUGCUGCACUUAAGGCCCAAUGGAAUGGGAUGUUCUGUUUUGAAAAUAAUUUAAAACUAUCAAACUUUCUACCAGGGGCCACAGGAGUACUAUAGACUGCAUUGGUGACCAGUCUACCCAGUACUGUAGAAAUGAAGCAAAUUGCAUUUUAGUGCCUUAUUGCAUAAAUGUGGCUGGUCCAUAUUAAAUGCUGUAUUUGAUGUAAAGUUGAGGUUAGAGAACUGUUUCAUUUUCCCCUUUAACUGUAUUAAAUACUGGAUUCUACAACUUGUGUCUAAAUGCAUAGUCUACUUUUUUUUCCCCCCUGCUGGAACCUAGAAACAUUGUCAGAUCUUUACUUUGCAUUUUCUCUUUGGCCAAUGUGUUGAAUUUUAUAAAUUUAUAUGAACCAACUCUUAAUGUAGGAUUGAUAAAUAAACAAUUCAAUAUA